GCAGGGUGGGGGUUGCGGGGGUGGGGGGUUAAAGGUACACUGUCUAAAUGAAUUUAAUAGAAAUGUCAAAGAUUCUUUUCUUUCUUUUUGCUGUAAAUAGGUCAUUCCAAAUAUUCAAUUUAACUGCUACCUUCUGCAAGAUAAAAUCUAAUUUUAUUAAUUGGUAAAUACAGAAACUGUCACCACCUUUGAAAAUAUACAAUAGAAUUCUGUCAAAAUAAAGUAAUUUAAAAUGGUUUUUUAGCAUCAUUUUUCCGCUGCGAAUAUAAAACAAAAUGAUAAUGAUUCAAUACCCACACACUUUCAUAGUUUCACCACUAGAUGGCACAGUUGGGAAAACAAAAAAAAUACCAAGAUAAAAAAUGAGGAAUGAGGCAAUCCACUAUAAGGAAAUGUAUUUCAAAAACUAAUACCCAAAGUUCCACUACUAGUAAUUGUACUAAUUACAACCUUUGUAAAUCAGAAAAAUGACAAGAUUAUACGGUCUCUUGGUUACACAGAUCGAGAGAUCAUUCAUACUCUAAAAAGUUAACAUUAUUGAAUUAUGUUUUAAAAAUAAGUUGUAGUUAACGCUAGAUAACCCUCAUCUACCACAAAAGUUUGUACCUGCAUUAAGUAGGCUAAAGAUUAUUUAAGCGGCACAGUACUGUAUGAGUCCCUGUAGAUAAGCGUAUCCAAUGAAGUGUCUGUAACAAGGAAUACUUCACAGAAAGUGUAUGAUUUGGUGUCCUUCGUGACAACGGGAAUCGUACCAGUAACACCAGAUUGGCAUCGGUCAAUGAGGCUUGCCUAACCUCCCAUGGCGAACCUGGUCCCAAUUCUCACACACCACGUAAAAUUGUCUCACGAGUAUUUUCAUGUGUGAAUCUCAGAAAUUGCACCGCAUAACCAAUGUGUUUAAUUUUGGCCAGCUGUAACACUAUUCAGCCUGUCCUGCAAUUACGCUUACAACAGAUGACCUGUGUUUUUUAUUUUUAUUUUUUUAAAGAAGAGGUCAGAUAGUCGUAUUGACUAUUGUGUAAAUAGGGGCCCAUGUAUUUGUCACAGGUGGUUUCACUCGCUUAUUGACACAAUUGGCACAAGCUAUAAAACUAAUACUGAUCUGUAUAUAUAAGUCGGUGUAUGCCUUAUGAAUGUCAGGUGUAGGCCGCAUAUUUUAAUCGGGCGCGGUAGCUACUUUUAGGUUGCACAGGAUUAAAUGCUGGCUAUGCAACUGUAUCCCACAUUCUUCUUUAUUACACCUCAACGGCUAUGUAUGUGCUAUAUUUCUGACGCGUCAUUCCAGUACUUCAGAUCACUACAGUUAGUGUUCACCUAGGACCUGAAAGAUUCGGCUUUAUUGCAUAGUAGCCGAGACAUUCGAUAUGUUAUAUUGUAUAUACACCGAUUAUUGAAAUUUGAGUUAAUAUAGUCGUCUCCUCCUUGUUUAAAUGUCUAUUGUCUUUAUAACGUAUUUCCUUUAUAACGUAUUUCACAAUUUAGUCCUGUAGUAGUUCAAUCAUCUACUUAAAAAUAAUAGUAUAAUAUACACAAAUUUCAAAAUUUGCCAUACUCUACUAAAAUGUUAGGAGUUGGCAAAAACUAUUAUCCUUCAGCUGAACUAUGAACGUAUUAAUUGCCAAUUUCAGAUGAACUUUUUUCUGAAGGCUUCUUAAGGUUUGUUUUAAGGCUUAUGACUUUCAUCAAUUCUCAGAACAUACAAGUAUUAAACUUACCGUUAUUGUAUAUGCUCACAAGUAACAUUUGGGUUAAUUACUCUCAGAUGACAAUAGAACACUCACGUUGUUCCUUAAACAGAGCUAUUAAAAUCCUAUCGUAUAGACCCUUUUAAAGAUGCGACUUUGUGGUCGAGCGAGUUAUCUGAAGUUUUAGCCUGCACUGGCACAGCAUACGAUGGCUGUAGCAGAGAUGGGAGGGGAACGCAGCAGUGGAGAGGUACUGGUGUAAUGAGGAAAAACCCUCAAACUACUUCUAGGUGGGGACGCGGGCAGUCAUCGCUCUGGUGGACUAAUGGGUUAAUUGAUAGGUGGUCAAUAAAUAGCUUUAUGAGGACCAGGAAGUUAAUCGCAUCGUUCAGAGUGAAAAAUUUUUUUUUCAUGAACUUCAUCUUUUCGCUAAACAACAUUCCUCACCAUUGCGUUAAUACGGCGAUGAAUCUCAAUAACUAUUUCUGAACAAAUUUGGGGAACUUGGAUCGUUCACAGAUGUUGGGUUGUAAAAUGGACGACAGUAUGCCAACAUCAAUUAUCGAUUUGACACAGAAAGCGGUGUGCGAGGGAUGUCACCGUCUCAUCCGUGAUAAGUACCUGCUCCGCGUCAAUGACGGCUUCUGGCACGAGCGAUGUGUCCAUUGUGCGGCUUGCAGAGAACCGCUCCAAAACACUUGCUUUCUGAAAGAGAAGAAACUUUACUGCAAACGCGACUAUGCGAACCUGAUCGCGCCGCGGUGUAACGGGUGCGCUGAGGUCAUCGCGCCGGCGGAGCUGGUGAUGCGCGCCCGCGAGGCGGUGUACCACCUGCGCUGCUUCUGCUGCUGCGUGUGCGCGUGCCGGCUGCAGAAAGGCGACCGCUGCGUGCUGAGGGAGGGGCAGCUGCUCUGCGCCCGUGACUGCCAGGGACUGGACAGCCCCGCCACCUCCGACUCAGGUAAAAGUGAUGAAGAGGAGGAUGGGCAUGAGAAGACGGGCAGCGGGGGUAAUGGGGCGGAGGACGCAGACCAUAAGCGCCCCAAACGCCCUCGCACCAUCCUGACCACCCAGCAGAGACGUGCCUUCAAAGCCUCUUUUGAGGUCUCCUCCAAGCCCUGUCGAAAGGUAAGGGAGACUUUGGCAGCAGAGACUGGUUUAAGUGUACGAGUGGUGCAGGUUUGGUUCCAGAAUCAAAGAGCUAAGAUGAAGAAACUGGCUAGGCGACAGCAGCAGCAGCAGCAGCAACAGCAACCACAGGAUCAACACAACCCCCAGAAUCCUCAAUCAGCGUCCUCAUGUGGUGGCCUAAACGCUGAGCUGGACGGUCUGAGCUCGUACCCAGGGCUGCUGCAGCCACAGCAGCAGAUCAUCGCCCUGGAACAGCAGGUCUAUAAGAUGGACCCCUUUCGACAGGGCCUGACCCCACCUCAGAUGCCUGGGGACCACAUGCAUCCAUACGGCAGUGAAGCCCUUUACAGCGAGAUGGACGGGAACUCUAUCUGCCAUCUUGGAGACUGCCUGUCAUCCACAGACGCCUCUCUUCUCAACCCCAUUGACCGUCUCUACUCAAUGCAAGACUCUUACUUCACCUCCUGAGUCAGUGACAUAGCAAGGACAGAACGUAGCUCACCUUCCUCAGGCUUCUCAGCACAUAGAACUGUGCUGAGAAGCCACUUCCAGUCUGUAGCACCCAUAUCCAUGUAUGCACAUACACACGUUCACAAAUUCAAACAUGCACACUCACUCACUAUUUCCACAGCUGCCAUGCGCAGGCAGGCGGGCUCACACACACACACACACACACACACACACACACACACACACACUCACUGUUUCCAUCGCUGCCAUGUGCAGGCAGGCAUGCAGACACACACACACAAACAAAAAACACACACACUAACUCCCUCACUGUUUCCACUGCUCUUUUAAAAAAGCAAGACGAAAGCACCUGUGCUGCUAAAAGUCUGACUUAUUAGUGGUGAAAAAAAUCAGGCUGAAGAAAACAUAAGGUGGUGCUAUCAAUGUGAACAUACAAGGAUUCUUCCUCAUUUUUCAAUACUUAAAAAAAUGAAGGGGAAUACAGUACAUAAACACUGCACUGACUAAAAUGCUGUAGUGACGCUAUACUUAAAAGAAUAGCAGCUGCAUAACGUUUGUAUUGUCCUCAUGAAAAACAGUAUGAACUUGGCCUUCUUUCACAUUCCAUUUCAGUAAUAAACUGUGAUUCAAAAGGGCCGGGGUUACCUGAGCCUUAGAAUAUGUCCGUCAAUUCACCUGUUCUCCCUUCGACCUCCGUGCAGUGAGCAUUGCAUGCACGGAACACAACAGAAAAUGUAACAUGGUGUAAAUACGUUCUCUGUGUAUUUAUUAACUUUGUUGUGGGACUUUGGCAGGAAGCAUUAAAUCCUUAAAAAAAAUAAAAUAAAUAAAUGACUGACAGAAUGGAGAAAAUGAAUGACAGUAUUCUUUUGAACCUGCUGCUGGG